AUGGCCAUUAAAACGUCGUUACAGCAUGAGUUCGACAUGAAGGACUUAGGUCCACUUCAUUAUUUUCUGGGAUUGGAAAUCAAAUAUCUAUCCCAUGGUCUUUUUGUAUCCCAACACAAGUAUGCGACAGAUCUUAUUCACAAAGCCGGUUUGGAUACUUGUCAUUCCCACAUCACUCCAUGCCAAUCUGGUCUCAAACUUCUAAGGGAUAGUGGCACGUCUCUCUCUCCCAGUGACGCAGCUCAAUUCCGGAGUCUUGUCGGAUGUUUGCAGUAUCUUACCUUCACCAGGCCAGACAUUGCCUAUAGUGUGAACUCUGUGUGCCAAUUUCUGCAUUGCCCAACUGAUCAUCAUUUUCAGGCUGCUCUACGUAUCCUCAAAUAUGUCAAAGGCACCUCCGAUUAUGGCAUCACCUUCAGGAGGGGUUCCUCUCUUACCAAUCUCUCCCUUCAUGUCUUUUCUGAUCACAAUUUCUCCCUCCAAGCCUAUAGUGAUGCGGAUUGGGCUGGGGAUCCUAACGAUCGCAAAUCCACCACUGGCUUUGUUAUCUUACUAAAUGGUUCUCCAGUUUCAUAG